GACUUCUCAUGAGUUGUCCUGACGAGUUUGUCCUGCAUCGAAAUGGCGUUUUGAGGUCUUGAUCACAUUAUUGGAUUUCCCUGGGAUUGGCUCCUCAUUGAGUUCUCCUUGAGUCACCUCGAUCUGAUCUCGGUCGAGAGCUCUGGCACACGCUUAUCAAUCACCGGUACCAUCCGCCACGCCCACUUCCCUACUACGGACAACCACCGUCGCAAUCAUGGCCGACAACGCCGAACUCGAGUCGUUUCGUCGCCAAUGGCGUGAAGAAGUCGCGCGUCGUUCGAGACCUACUCCGGCCCGGCCGUCGCAACCAAGACAGACGGCCCCCUCGUCAGCCCGCCCAAGUCAGUUCCCACCCAGUCGCCACGAAGUAUCCGAGCGAAAGGAGAUCGAAGAUGAGGAAGGGGCAGUAUCGUUCGACCAGGGCGAAAUUGUCCAGGGUGUCGGUCAAUUAAACCUGAGCGCAUCGGACGAGGAUGCCUUCCACUCUCAAAUGCCCCGGACCGAGCCCAAAUCGGCCCUCGAGCACUUCGAAAGAGCGGUCGAGAAGGAGGCGGAGGGGAACUUGGGGGAUAGUUUGCAGCAUUACCGGAAGGCCUAUCGGCUGGACUCUGCAGUCGACAAAACGUACCGCAACAAGCAUUUUGCCUGGGCGUGGAAGAAGCCGGCCCAAGCUGCCGCCCCUUCGAACAAGACGGCUCCCGCCACGAGUCAACAGGCCGGCGAUGCUCCUGAGACGUUGCCAACGUCGGAACUGAUCGCAUCGUUUGCCAAUCUUCCCAUUCCGCAGGCGGAGCCCAUUAUUGAGAACACCCCUCCGCCUCCCUGCCCCAUUGCGAACGUCCCGUCCGAGGUCUUGGUCGAGAUCUUCCGACAUGUAGCAUUGAUGGACCCUGCCUCUUUUUAUCGGAGCUCAUUGGUCUGCAAACGCUUUGCCUACCAUUUUGCCAAUGAACAGCAUAUCUGGAAGCGGGUCUGCCAGGGCUCUGAAUUCGGCUUCAAGGCAAUGCAUUACUCCUUUGCCUGUGACAUUGUGGGCCACCGGGAGUACACUUUGGGCCCGCGCUAUACGCUCUUCCCCAUGAAUUCUCCGGUUCAAAUCCCGGAACCAUUGUCUUCCUGGGGUGAGGUGUUCCAAAUGUUCCCCCGCAUCCGCUUUACGGGCAUCUACAUCAGCACGGUCAACUAUACCCGUCCGGGUGCGGCUUCAGCAUACCAAAACGUCGCUUGGAACAGCCCGAUUCACAUCGUCACCUACUACCGAUACCUGCGGUUUUACCCUGACGGAACUGUGAUUUCCUUGCUGAGCACUGUGGAGCCGCUGGAUCUGGUCCCUCACAUUAGCAAGGAAAACGUCUUGGCGGCGCGGGCAAUUUCUCAGAAGCAGCAUCAUCGUCAAACCUCGGAAGGUGGAACUAUGUUAUCUGGAGCGCAGGAACCAGUACCCCCUGUCGCGAUGGGAGCGCUGAAACAGGCGCAACGAGGCCGCUGGCGUUUGGCUCACCCGUCACCGAGCUCCGAAUCGCCAGACGAGGACGCACCGGCAGAUCCGAUCUCCGAUUUCUUAUCCUCUACCGGGAAGACUUCGUCGGAUGACAUGCUCGAUCCCCGGGACAUUGUCAUUGAGACCGAGGGCGUGGGACCCAAAUACACCUACGUCCUUUACCUGUCCCUUCGGUCAUCUUCGACGACAGCCCGCUCUGGCGAAACACCGCUUAAUACGUCGAAAAAUACCAAACUGGCCUGGAAGGGAUACUGGAGCUAUAACCAGCUUACAGACGACUGGGCGGAGUUCAGACUACGAAAUGACCGACCAUUUGUAUUUCGACGUGUUCGGGGGUGGGGUUUGAGCUAGGAGAGAUUGAUUCUCUAUUCAUUGAUAGACUAUAAAUGAGACUGAAGCAAAGUGCAGGAAUUGAAUGUUUAGGGAUGGCUUACAGAUAUACGGCGUAUAUGGGCGCGCACCUGGGAUUUGGACCAUUGGAAUAGUUGAGCAAAUCUAUAAAUAUAAAGCAGAAUAGAAGCAGAAU